GUCGCCAUCGCCGGGGACAUUUCUGUUUUUGGAAGCCUGCCGUACCCUAGCGCGUCAAAUGUUGCCACAAUUAGCGAGAUGAACAUGGUCUUCACCGACAUCUGCAACGGUUGUCCCUGGACAAACCGGAAUGAGUCCUUUUUUGCCCUUAUGUACGAAAGGUAUUGCAUCUCCUCCCUCUUCGACAUGAAUUUUGACUAUGUGAUCACGUGUUCAACCCCUCGGUCUCCAAUUCUCCGACCAAAAAUCUCUUGGCGCUGGACCCAUGCAUGAAACUUUUUUGUAUGCAGAAAGACAUUCACCAGCACCACCAAACAUCUAAUCCUUUCGCCAUACGCCAGUGCAAUUGCCACGAGCGAGGUCGUAGACAUGGUCAAGCCUUUUUCAAAGUCGAAACGGACGCCCGUUCGACUUCGACAUAAAAUCGAGAAGGCCAGCGCCGCCAAACAGAGAAAGUCGCGCAAGGAGUCGAAAAAGAACCCUCAAUGGAAAUCCCGCCUAAAGAAGGACCCCGGUAUUCCAAACCUAUUUCCUUUCAAGGACAAACUCCUUCUAGAACUCGAGCAAAAGAAACAGCAAAAGGCAGAAAAUGCCCAGAGAUUGCGAGAAGCCGCCAAGGAGAAGAAGAAUGGGAAAAAGAAUGACUUGGCUGAGGAGGAAGAUUUGGAAGAUGACGACAUGAUGGACGAAGACGAUGACCUUCUUGAAGAAGACAUGGAUGAAGACGACGACGACGAAGAAACAGGGGACUCGGCAAACCCCAUGGCUGCUCUACUGGCCUCUGCACAAGCACGAGCGGCAGAGUACGAUGGCGGAGCGCUUUCUGGAGACGUACACGACGAGGACGAAGAGCAAAAUGGCGGGGCAGUACAAGUCUCCGAAACAGUUACAGCCGACCAUCGAAACCCCGACUCGUCCCGGCGAGCAUUUGACAAGAUUUUCAAGCAAGUCCUGGACGCUGCAGAUGUGGUGCUAUACGUCCUGGACGCGCGAGACCCCGAGGGCACUCGGUCAAGAGAAGUAGAGCGACAGAUUAUGGCUGCCGAGGGAGGAUCCAAGCGGCUGAUUCUGGUGCUGAACAAGAUUGAUCUGGUACCACCUCCAGUUUUGAAAGGAUGGCUUACACACUUGCGACGAUAUUUCCCUACGAUACCUCUCCGUGCAUCCACACCAGCAUCCAAUGCUCAGACAUUUGAUCACAAGCAGCUCACACUCAAGGCCACCUCAGAAACCCUCCUUCGCUCACUCAAAUCCUACGCCGUCUCGAAACAACUGAAGCGCUCCAUAUCGGUUGGAGUCAUUGGAUAUCCCAACGUCGGAAAGUCAUCCGUCAUCAAUGCUUUGACAUCACGGUUGAACAAGGGAACACAAAGCUUCGCCUGCCCAGUUGGCUCCGAAGCCGGCGUCACAACCAGCCUCCGAGAGGUCAAGAUUGACAGCAAACUGAAGAUUCUUGAUUCUCCCGGAAUUGUGUUUCCAUCAACAGUGGAUGGUCAUGACAGGGAAAGCAAACUGCAAAAGAAAGCCGAGCACGAGGCGAGGCUGAUCCUUCUCAACGCCCUACCACCUAGCCAGAUGACCGACCCCAUCCCCGCAAUCAACCUUCUUCUAGCUCGACUAUCUGUCUCAGAAGCAUUGUUUGAGAAAUUACUCGCCAACUACGGAGUGGUGGCCCUUGGUGAAUUCAAUGGAAGCGACAAAACCACCGAUUUCCUUGUCCAAGUGGCGAGGAAACGUGGUAGGUUGGGCAAGGGUGGAGUGCCCAAUUUGAACGCAGCAGCCAUGACGGUGAUCACAGACUGGCGAGAUGGGAGAAUCCAAGGCUGGGUUGAGCCACCAGUCCUCAAGGUCUCUAACGACACCGAGAUGGUGGAGGGUGAGGACGUUGACAAGGAGCUUGGGACCGGUGCAGACCGAAAGGAAAUCGUCAAAGAAUGGGCUGCAGAAUUCAAGCUUGAGGGACUUUGGGGUGAUGACUCAAACGACAAAACAAACUCGGAGGCGAUGCAAAUAGAGUCAUGAUGAUUUAAUGAGGGCGGGGGCUGUUCAGUAAGGUGUUUGGAGUCGUGGAUAAAAUCUGUCAAACGAUAGCAAAAAGACCAUGCAUAAUUCAAACCUCGCAUUGAUACCGAGAUGACCCUCUGACA